AUGGGACACUGGGCAGCUUCGGACGAGGAGAAUCAUUGGCGCCGCACGUUCUGCCAGGUGCCAUUCAGCGCCAUCUACGAGCAUGCGGACAAGGGAAAGCGCAGUCUGCAAGGUCUGGUGGCAUUCUUUCGGCGUAAGGCGGAGGCAGAGCGCGGCGCAAGUGAACAACUCCGCGAGCUUUUACUAGAUGAGAUUGGUGCGUUGGAGGAGCCUGGAACGGGAAUCCGGCGGGCGUUACUGGAGCUAAAGGGGUUCGUGGACGCCACUUGCAGAAAGCAGCUGCUCAUGGCUCAAGUGCUGGACGAACAGGUCGCGGAGCCUUUGGAAUCGCUCAAAGACGCGUCGGAGACCUACAUCCAGACGCUGCAGGGCGAGAUUCUGAACGCCAAUAACGAAUACGAGGUUGCUGCAGCUGCUCAUAUAGAGACAGUCAACAAGUUGCAUAAAGCUACACUGGAAGUACGGGAAGCUAAGGCCAGACAGAGACUCGCACUGCAUGGUAUUGGUGUGCCGGAGUUCGAACUACAGCGCCUGGCUGCUCGAGUUGCUAAAUGUGAAGAGGAGCAGGCUCAAGCGAUGAUGGCCCGUGCUCGAGCGAAGACAACGCUAUACAAUCGAAUUAUUGCGAGAGAUGAGAUGACUAUGGCUGUGAGUGUGGCGUAUCAGAAGGCAGAGGAGGAAAGACUCGAUCAGCUGAAUGCGAGCUUGCAUCGCUUUCUCCAUGUGGAGAAGGAGCGACUGCAGGUCUCGCAGCAAAUGUUGGCGUCACUUGAGACCCACGUGCAGAGUCUAAGUAGAGCGGAGGACAUUCAACUGCUCAUACACAACCAGCGUGAUCCAGACAACAUGCACUUCCAGGGAAAGGCGUUGGCAUUGCUGGAUUGGCAGUGGAAUAAAACACAGGGAGAUCAUGCGGCUACAAGACGGCAGUCGCUAAGUCUUCUGGAGCGUCGAAGCAGCAUAGAGGAAGGCUCGGUUGCGUCGCCAACUUCAUCAUUGGCAUCGACAACAACGUCAUCCUCAUCGAGACGAGGACCUUCUAUAAACGCUGCUGUGAUGGCAUCUGUGGCGCCGCUCGACAGUCCGCACACGGCUCUUACGCAGACUCCGAUGAGUACUGCACUUCACCGUUUUUUUGCCGAGGAUCAAGUGCAUGACCUCGUGCACGAGACAUGCAAGACAGCAGAGGGGCGAGCUCUUUUUGUAAAAUGUUUAAACCGACAGCGCAGCCUGGAGACGAAAGUGAAAGACCAAGCGAGCUUUAAGGCUCUUGUGGCCUGCUUCAACGCGUUCCUCGACGAAUGCGUCCGUGAAGAUGACAUCAAGGCGGCAAAAACUGCAAUGAUACUAGCAGAGACGUUUUAUUAUCCCAAAAUCCAACAAGAAUCUCGGUCGGAAUCGACGUGGCGGAGGUCUUCGCUGUGUGCGGAUUGCAGAGACUACACUGAACGUACAAGCGAGGAAUUACUGCAAUAUGUUGAUGAAACCCACCCUCUGCUUCAUGGAGGAGGCAUCGGGCGUGGUGCUACACGGACAUAUUUGCAGGAGGAGGUCAAGAAGCAUCCCAUUUGGAAGACGCCUUCAUUCUGGGAAAAGGCUCUUUUGUUGGCGAUCGGCGAGGAGCUACAGCGGACACCGCAGCCUUGUCCAUGGGAGGAACUCCCAUGUGGUGCUCCUAAGCAUGAUGGUCUGCCGUCGCGCGAAGAAGCCGUGUGCCGUGUGCACAACAUUGUUUUCGGCCAGCUAGGCUCAUUCACACUAAGUAUGCUGGAGUUUGAGGUGCCUUUGACACAGAUCGAGUCGUUUGUGGAGACCAUGUGUGACGCGCAUGAACUGACAGAAGAUCAGCGCUUUCUGCUGCGUAAGAAUUUGCAGGAAAUCUUCGCGACACUGCGGUGA